CUUGUGCUAAAGCAUCAUUAUCUGUCUCACCCUAGCAACCAGUGUGCCCUGAGUCCAGGGACAGGACGGGGAGACAGGACUGGCAUACUGGGGGAUCCUGGGAGUGGGAUCACACCGGUGACAAAGCUGCUCUUCUCACAUUUUAUUAUUUUUGUUGUCUUCUUUUUGCACACUGCAGCUUUCUGGUGCCUUUUCUCUUUGCAUGCUUCAGCGUAAGACCAGAGGCCAGCCUCCAACAUGAGUCACCCAUACAUCGGGCCACUGUCCGCCUACAACAGCCUCACCGACAAACACCUAACGGGCUACUUCAACAACACCCGGAUCAAACGACAUCUUCAGAGGGCCGGUCUGGUCACAAGAAGUGGUCGGAUCUUGACCGAAAAAGAAUACAGAAUAAAUGCCAUGAGACGGGACCAUCAGAAGUACAUCCGGGAAUGUCUGGCUCAGGCCAUAUUUCACAAAGUCCUCGACAUGGAGAGACGCCACCAAAUCGACAUCAAGAGAAAGCUGGAAACAUUCGCAAGAAGGGAGCGGGUGCAAAGAAUUAAGGUCGAUCAUUCCAACAGAGGCAGAGAAGAAACACUUCCAGCUUUUUCUCCUCGCCCCCCCACAGGACCUAAAAGUGGGGUGAACCCGCGUAGGCGAAACUACGAACAUUCAGACUCAUCUGAAUCAGUCUCAUCGCCACGACCAAACACUGCGCCGGGUCAGAUGCAGCGACCAGCCCGGCUGCAGCCGCUACCAGCAAACACCUCGUUUGGAAACGGAACAAAGAUGUUGUCCCACCACAAGCACGUUUCUGAAGAUGACAAUCAUCGCUAUCACAGCGGGACUGAAAAGGAUAUUUUCAAGACAAUGAAUUCCACAGAUCAUUCAGUAGGCAUCUCACCUUAUCGCCUUCCUAUCAUUAACAACUUUGUGAUGCCCGUGCCACCGCCACUCCAGAAACAACCAAAGAAGUCAGUGAGCACCAUAUCCAGAGGGAGACGGUACCGACCCACCACCGCGCCAAAUGAGCUUGAGAUUACCGCUAAGGAUACGGGAAAGUUUCAUAAAACGUCCUUGCACAGUAAUGUAAAAAUGACCAUGGUUUAUCUAGGAAAAAACGUCCAUCUAUCACACGACGAUGAUGACUACAGAGACGAAAUUAAGGUCUUUCAGCAGCACUGUGGCGGGGAGAACCUCUGCGUUUUUAAAGGGAGACUUCUGGAAGAUGAGCAUUUCAGUUUGGUCUCCAGGCGUCACCGUGGCUUCCCGUUUAGCCUCACCUUCUACAUUAAUGGGAUCCAGGUGGACCGUUUAAGCUCAUGCUGUGAGUACAAGCACCGCAAAGGAGCGCGCCUCGGAGGCAAAAACGGGUAUUUCGGAUUCGUCAACGUCGAAGGAGCUUCUCCUUGUUACAGAUGUAUCAUUGCAUUGGGCCUAGAUAAGAAGCCAUCUCCCCCAGCUCCAAAGAGCAAGACCAUCCUAGACAAGAAUGGGGAGGAGGAACAGAAUGACAAACCAGAGAUGGAUAAUGAGCCUACGGAAAGAUGCUAUGAUGAAGUUGAUGGUAAACAAGAACAGGAAAUGUCUGUCCAAGUGGAUGACGAUCCAAAGGAACAUAAGUCUAAUAUGGACUAUCAAGAGGAAGAAGAAGAACAUGGAGAGAAUAAGAAGACGGACGAGUAUUCAGCAGAUGACGAAGCCCAGGAUGACUAUGAUGAAGAUUUUGAAGCGGAAGAAGACAAACCUGACGAUAAGAGUAAUAAAGAUCGACAGGCUGAUGAUCAAGUGGAUGAAGAGUCAGAGCCAUCUUCAGAUGAUGAAAAAGAUGAUUUAGACCAAGAGCCGGGAAGGAGCACACCAUCAAAAGCGAAGCCCGAGGCCUCUGACAGCGACAGAGAUGAAAGGGAAGGGAGCUGUGACAGCGACUCUGAAGAGCAUAAACAAGGCAAACAUAGCGUAGCUGACGAGGAAAUGAAUUCAGCUGCCAUCAAAAUCCAAACUCUUUAUAGACAACAGAGAAGCCAUCAACCAAAGGGCGGCAAGAAGAAACCAGAUAGGAAACACACAGAGUCCUAUUCAUCCAACAGUUCUCUAGAUAGUAGCUCAAGUGAACAUGAGGCAGAGGAUGAGGCAGAGGAUGCUAAGAAGAAAAAUGAAGUGCGAAGAGAAUCAGAAGAAAUUCCCGAGCCAGAUGAACAAACAGCCGUAGCGAAGGAACCAGAGUUGGAGGAUUUGAUAGGCGAGAAGGAAGAGACAGCCAUUGAUGAAGAUGAUCCGAAAGUUCAUGACAACAUGGAAGGUGAUGACAGUCAACAAGACUUGGAGAAAGCAGAAGAUGACAUUGAAACCAACUUUAGGAACCCCGCAGAGAAUGAAGAAGGUGGAAUUUUAGAUCUUAAGGAUGAAGACAAGCCCAAGGCAGAAAAUGACCUGGGUAGUGAGAGUGAAGAGGAAGGUGAUUGCAAAUCAGUUCAGGAGAAAAUAGCGGAGGCAAUCGACAGCAAACAAUUGGCAGAUUCAGAUCCAGAGCCCAGCGACUCAAGCACGGAUGACGAGGACAACUUAGGAGGAAUCGCCAACACACAGAAACUUUUGACGGAAAGCACCAUUCAAGAUACAGUAGAUGAGGCUUCAGAAAAAGAAGAAGAAUCUGGACAAGAGCGAGAUGAAAUAGAAGCCAAAGAUAGUGUGGAUUCAAAACAUGAAGAGGUUGAGAAGGAUUUCAAAGCUGACACAGAAGAUGAAAUAAAAGAGGCAGCAGGAGAUUUAGAUCAAGAAAUGUCUGAGGAAAAAGUUGAAAUACCAACUGAAUAUCCUUCAGAAGAAUCCAUACCCUUCGAUUUAAAAGCAGAAGAUGCAGAAUUAAAUAACAUCAAUGAAGAUAAAGUUUUGGAAGAGAACAUUGGUGAAGAGGAAGCAGAGGGGCUUGAAUGUGAAAUAAAAACAGAUCCAGAAGGUGAUAAAAUAGAAGAAACGCUAUCAAGUUCUUCAGUAGAACAAGUAGGAGCCCCAAUGUCUGAAGAGGUUGGGGUCAAAUCUGAUAAUGGCAACAACGAGAACGAAGAGGCAUCUGGUGACCUCAGUGUCGAGGGUCAAGAUACAUGUGCUGAAGAGAAUGUGGAGGAUCAAGAAGCACCUGCGGAAGAGGUGCCUCCUAACAUAAAUGCUGAAAAUGAAGAAGAAGCAUCUGUUACUGCCAAUGAAAAUGACAUUGAAGAACCUGCUGCCUCGGAGGCAAAGCAUGAUGAAGAAAGUGCUGAUGUCAAAGUGGAGAACGAAGAAGCACCUGCUGAUGAGAAUGUGGAGCGUGUUGAAGAAAGCCCCAAUGCCAAUGUGGAGAAUGAAGAAGCACCAGCUGAUGUAGAUGUGGAAAACAACAAAGAAAGUGCUGAUGCCAAAGCAGAGAAGGGUGACACAACUACUGAUGAGACUGUAGAGAAUGAUAAACCACCUGAAAAUGUGGAAAAUGAGAAAGUUGAAAUGGAGGAAGCACCCGGUGAUGAAAAUGUUGAAAAGGAGGAAGAACCCGGUGAUGAAAAUGUUGAAAAGGAGGAAGCACCCGGUGAGGAAAAUGUUGAAAAGGAGGAAGCACCUGGUGAUGAAGAUGUUGGAAAGGAGGAAGCACCUGGUGAUGAAAAUGUUGAAAAGGAGGAAGCACCUGGUGAGGAAAAUGUUGAAAAGGAGGAAGCACCUGGUGAGGAAAAUGUUGAAAAGGAGGAAGCACCUGGCGAGGAAAAUGUUGAAAAGGAGGAAGCACCCGGUGAUGAAAAUGUUGAAAAGGAGGAAGCACCCGGUGAUGAAAAUGUUGAAAAGGAGGAAGCACCUGGUGAUGAAAAUGUUGAAAAGGAGGAAGCACCCGGUGAUGAAAAUGUUGAAAAGGAGGAAGCAACUGGUGAGGAAAAUGUUGAAAAGGAGGAAGCAACUGGUGAUGAAAAUGUUGGAAAGGAGGAAGCACCUGGUGAUGACAAUGAGGAAGCACCUGGUAAUGAAAAUGUUGAAAAGGAGGAAGCACCUGGUGAGGAAAAUGUUGAAAAGGAGGAAGCACCUGGUGAGGAAAAUGUUGAAAAGGAGGAAGCACCUGGUGAGGAAAAUGUUGAAAAUGAGGAAGCACCUGGUGAGGAAAAUGUUGGAAAGGAGGAAGAAUCUGGUGAGGAAAACGUUAAAAAUGAGGAAGCACCUGGUGAUGACAAUGAGGAAGCACCUGGUGAUGAAAAUGUUGAAACACUUCCUGAUGUGAAUGUGGAAAAUGAAGAGGAGCCUGCUGCAGAAAAUACAGAAAAUGAUAAAGUACCUGAAGAGCUAAACACUGACAAUGAGGUGAAUGUGGAAGAUGAAGAAGCACCUGCUAACAUGAAUUCAGAGAAUGAAGAAAUGCCCAAUGAGGUAAAUGUGGAGAAUGAAGAAGCGCCCGCUGAUAUGAAUGCUGAGUCUGGAGAAGAACCUGAGGAAGUAAAGGUAGAGAAUGAGGAAGUUCCUACAUCCGGUGAUCAGAAAAUGGAGGAUGAAACUUCAGCUAUAGACGUGAACACUGAAAAUGAAGAAACGCAUGAUGACGGGAAUGAAGAGAAUGCAAACGUCGAGAUGAGGGAUGAGAAUAAGGAAACAUCUAGUGAGGUAUUUGUUGAAAAUGGACAAGAAUCUGUUGAGGCGAUUGGUGAAAAUGAAGAAACAGCUGUAGGUGAUAGUAAUGUUGAAAAUGAAGAUGCGCCUAGUAAUGUGAAUGCCAAGAUAGCAGAAACAUCUGAUGAUGUAACUGUUGGCAUUGAAGAGGCACCCUCUGAUGCAAAUGCAGAAAAUGAAGAGGUACCUGCUGGUGCAAAUGCUGAGAAUGAAGAAGCACCUAGUGAUGUAAACGUGGAGAAUGAAGAAGCAGUUGCUGAGGAAAAAGUGGAAAAAGAAGAAGCACCUGCUGAGGAGAAUGGAGAAGCACCUGCUAAAGAGAGUGCAGAGAAUGAAGAAGCACCUGCUGAGGAGACUGCAGAGAAUGAUAAAGCACCCGCUGAAGAGAACGCAGAGAAGGAAGAAACACCGGCUGAAGAGAAUGCAGAAGCACCUGCUGAGAAUGACGAGAAUGACAAAGCACCUGCCGAGGGGAAUGUGGAAAAUGAAGUAGCACCUGCUGAAGAAAAUGUGGAGAAUGAAAAGGCACCUGCUGAGGGGAAUGUGGAGAAUGAAAAAGAGCCUGCUGAAGAGAACGCAGAGAAUGAAGAAACACCCGCAGAGAAGAAUUUGGAGAAUGAAGAAGCACCUGCUGAGGAGAAUGUGGACAAUGGAGAAGCACCUGCAAACAUGAAUAUGGAGAAUGAGGAAGCACCAGUUGAUAUGAAUGUGGAGAAUGAAGUUGCACCCGCUGAUGGGAAUGUGGAAAUUCAGGCAGCAGCUAAUGACGUGGAUGAGCAGAAUGAUGACAUACCUGGUGAAGUAAAAAAGGAGAAUGAAGCAUCACCCAGUGUGGUGGAUGUGGAAGAUGAAGACAUACCUGGUGAGGUGAAUGUGGAGAAUCAAGAAGCACCUGUUGAUGAAAGUGUGGUGAAUGAAGAAGCAUCUGGUGAGGUGAAUGAGGAAAAUGAAGAAGCUCCCAGAGCUAUGAGUGCUGCCGAUGCACCAGGAGCCGAAGCUACAGAUAACAAAGCUGAAGGCUCCACUGAUGAAGUCAUGGAAAUCAAUGAACAUCCCGGUGAUGAUACGAAUGGUGAUGCCCCUGAUGGUGGAAAUGAAGAUGCAACUGCACCCAGGACUAGUGAAGAAAUGCAGGAAUCUGAGACUAACGAAAACACUGAACUCAAUGAUGACAAUCAAAACGCCGAGGGCAGAGAAGGUGAACAUUCGGUCACUCGAGUGGAGCCUAUAGAGAUCAAUGAUGAAACAUCGGAAACAAAGCAACAAGCUGGUGAUUCGAAUGUUGAUGAUGAACCAAAGACAGAGGAAGUCGGCCAGGAACAGGAACAGGAGGAAAGAGCCCAGGAAGAGGAUGAGGUCACUCAAGUAGUCAAUAUGGAAGAAGAGAAGAAAGAAACACAUACUGACCAGCAUGGCGAGGCAGAAUCAUCAAGCGUUCAUGACAUUGAAAUGACGGAUGUCCAGUCUACCCAUGGAGACACAACUACCCAAACAGAAGACUGAGAAUGUGUGAAGUCCAAGACCAGCUGGGCAUUUAGACUUUCCAACUUCAUCGGCAAUCCAUUCAGAAGAAGAAAUCUGUGAAUGGAGGCCUUGUGAUUUUUAUAAAGACAUUAUGUGACUUUAAAAAACAAAAAAUAGUAAUAAUAUAUUAUACAGUUCCAUAUGAAAACACAUAUGAAGAAGAUAUCUAUUUUUGAAACUAUAAUAUAUAUUUAUAUAAGUAUUUGAAUUGUGUAACUGUUUACCUCUGUCAUAAGUUGAAUACACAUUCCUAUCUAAAGACUUUUAAUUAGAACCAAACCAACCAGAGUUUUGGAUAGAGUGGGGAAGUAUUAUGGACCCAGACAGGUAUUACUGCUGUCUGUACCCCCACUGGGGGGAUCUGCUCUCAGUGGUGAACAGGACUGCAUUGAAAUCAGGUUAGAACCUCUGUGAGGUUUUUAAUUUGGUCUGUGCCCCAUCUGGAGAGUUUUUGUUCUACGUCUUGUAGUAUCACUGAGAUCAUUGGCAUACAGGGGCGGACAGACAGCUCUUGGGACCCCCUGGGCCAAACAAGAUCAUGGGGCCCCCUGUGUCCCUGCCCACACUCAAGCCACACCCACACAAAGCUCCACCUACAUAUUGCAGCUCAGCUGCAUAGAGGGGGGGACAUUUAAAUAUCUAUAGCAGCAUAGCCUGCAUGGAAGUUCUCGGCUUCUUUCUGUAGAAGUUGCUGGGCACGUUCAGGUUUAAAGAUGACUGCCAAGCAACAUCUAUAUUUAUUACGCAAUCAGGGGCAUUUUAUUAAAGUAAGACCUGUGUGCAAGAUCAUAAUUUGGCCCCUUAUUUCCAGAGAGGGAAGUGCGGAGCGCUGUGCGUGCCGCGACAAAUAUUGGCUGUGGUUUUCGGGGGCUGUAGGUAGUGCCUGCUGGUUACAUAGUACAGUAAAGAUGCCCAAUGAUUGGGGGGGUUAUGAAUGGCUAUUUGGCUCCCACACAGCUCCUUCCUAACAGGAUUGCCAACCCCCCAUGACAUAAACUUAUAUUACUAAGAGGGGGUGGAGAGAUAGAGGCAGAAGAGAGGAGGUGAAGUAAGAGGAGGGAUAAGAACAGGAUGGAGAGAAAUGGUGGAGAUGGAAAAGUA